CACGCGUGGAGUUUGUUUACUUUAGUUUACUUGUUCAAGGCUGUUCAAGGCAAGAGUUUAGAGCACGGUGGCACGGCUUUGGUUUCUGCCUGAAUGUGUCUGAUGGUAAAAUUAGGUUGAAUCCGUGCUCUAAAAUACGACUCGAAGGCGUCGUAACCGUGAAGGUUUGCUCGGCACGUUCGUGUUGCAGCGUCGAAUACGGCAAAUGCGUUUCGACGAUGGGCCGAACAGAGAGCGAGCCCGAGCGUCUGCGACGCGGCGUUCGGCACGUUUUGAAGGCGACCAGCUACUCCAACGAUGAUGUACAGGAGCUGCUCGAGAAAGUGCCGAAGCGAUGGCAGAGACACGGGGACUUGGUGAUCCUUAAACGGGACGCCUUUGACGAUCGCCGUUGGGACCCUGUCCGGGAAAUGCUGUGGGACGUUGUAUGCGAUGCCCUUCGUUGCAAGAGGCUAGCACUAUCAGGCAGGAUCACAGACGACGGACACCGGACGCCCCGGGUAGAGUUGGUGCGCGGAUUCGAUGGCUGGGUCGUGCACGUCGACAACAAGAUCAAGUACACUUUUGACGUGACCAAAUGCAUGUUCAGUGCGGGAAAUGUCACAGAGAAGCUCCGGGUCUCCAACAUGGACUGCCGAAGCGAGGUCAUCGUUGACCUCUUUGCAGGCAUCGGCUACUUCACCUUGCCGUACCUUCUGCAUGCCGGAGCAGCCCAUGUGCAUGCCUGCGAAUGGAACCCUGAUGCCCUAGAUGCAUUGCGAAGGAACCUGCAGCUGAAUGAAGUGCAAGACCGAUGCACUGUCCAUGCUGGUGACUGCAGAGAGGUCUGCCCUGAAGGAGUGGCGGAUCGAGUCAACUUAGGCCUCAUCCCGUCGUCUGCCUUGGGCUGGCUGGCGGCCUGCAGGGCACUCAACCCAGAGCGCAAAAGCUGCUGGAUGCACGUCCACGAAAAUGUGGAGUCGAAGCCUGGCGCAAAAGGAUCCGAGCACUUGGAAGAGCGUGUCCAUCAAGUGUGCGCCACCAUGGCGGAUCUCAUGAGGCAGUGCCAUUCAAGUCGCAACUGGAAUGUUACGUGCACGCACGUUGAGCGUGUCAAGUCGUACGCACCCCACGUUGACCAUGUAGUGAUGGACUUGAAAUUUGAUCAGUCGAUGGCGAGCUGAAUAGCAUACCUACCUGCUGUAGUCUGGUUAACAUUGAUUACGUCCUGGAAAAAGACACCACUUGAAGAGUCUGUAUAGCUCUCCAACAUUUCAGUACCCCCACGGGAAUGUUGACUAGCUUGUCGGUCAAUGCCGUGUCAUGGUGCGCACCUGCAAAAGUAGAGUGUAGGCACGUGUACAGAGCAUCUUAGUGACUGAGCGUCAUCUGCUAAGCUAUUGCAUUGAACCCAAUGUAGCCCUGGCUGUUUAUCAGCUCAUUGAAUUUGCGCCUGCUCAGUGUAACUAGUUGCAUUGUCAUCAACCGUGCUGCCGACGAAGGAGAGUACUACAGCCAUGCGAGCGGCUAUCGUGAGUGGAUACUUGAUCAUCGCCUGGGCUAGCUGCAGCUUUUUCUGCUUCGCGCACCUUCACAUUCGCAGUGUAUAAUAAGUGUGGCUGUGGUUGCUUUCACGACGACCUCCACAUAACCAUUGUGCGCACAUGUGUGCAUUUUCGUUCGCGUUGGAAGCGGAUAAAGCUGCAGGGGGUAUGCAGAGCUUAACAGAAUAGCCUAGCACACAAUGCUCAGACAAGGGUAUGCUUCGUGUGAAUGUGCCUGCUGUUGCUAACUUCGUAGGUGCGCGCCGCGACUUCGCAUUUACCGUCGUGUUGGUCGGCGCUGCUUCAAGAUCAUUAACGUCUUGGAGACCUGUACCUACCAGCCUCCCGUUGGGUCGCGACUUGUCAUCACAAACAGUGCCUCAAUUGUUACAUUUGCACAAAAUGCAGAAAUGUUGUGAUGUUCUGUAUUUGCCUUCUGCCGAGGUGCCUGCAGGCCAUUUGUAAAAUAUGCAAUAACCACAACUUUAUUUGGAA